UUUAUCAAAUAUGACGUUUCUUCCUAAUCAACUUUUUGUUUUUGGAUGAUGGCAAGACGACAGCGCAACGAGAAACCAUUCGGGCAGCGGCUCUUUUUGUUUGCCUUUUGGCUCACGCGGGUGGCAAUCUCCUUUUGCCAGUCGGUGGCUCGAGACAAAAAUUAGCCGCCAUCAUCAUCAUAAUCAUCUCAAAAUUCAGUUGCACACUCUACGCAUAAUUUAUAUGAAGCUUCUCUAUGAAUAUCCUAUUGAAUUAUUGUAAUAUUCUGAUAUCAAUUAAAUACGUAAGCCCUGGUUGUCUAUCACAAUGCGUCAACUGCGCCCCACAGCCGAUAUAUCAGUAUGUGCUCAAUGUGCCGACUAACUAUUUGCAAGUCCCCUCAACCUCUAACCGAUCUCCAUGUUGCGUGCCUACAUCCAACGUGCAAACAAUUCAAUCUGCCAGAGCGUUUACUAAUGGAGCGCAAGGAAGUCAAGUCAUCAUGUAUUAUAACGGUCAAAGAGUCGUAGCCAACAGCCAGGAUCCACAACAACAACAGCAAGCUGGAUCAAAUUUCAACCAGGCACCCAACUAUCAAAAUCCAGGACCUAUUCCUGGCUAUCAAACUGGAUACGAUCAAAACCAAAAUCAAACUCAGUCAGGAGGAUAUUAUCCGAAUAACUUGAACGGUGGAGUUGUGGCCGGUGGUGCAACAACUGGAACUGUGGUCAUUGGCGGCGUUACUCAACAAGUCACUCAAGGAGGUCAGCCAAAUGUUGGCGGGAAUGUUGGAGGUCAAAAUCAGAAUGUCGGUGGUGUUGUUGGUGAUCAAAAUCAAAACCAAUAUCAAAAUCAGAACAUCAAUGCUGCUGGAGUAGUUGGAAAUCAGAAUCAGUUCCAAAACCAGAACCAAAAUAUCAACGCUGGUGGGUACGUUGGUGAUCAAAAUCAAAAUCAAUUCCAAGACCCGAAUCAGGGCCAGUAUCAAAACCAAAACCAAAACAUAAAUACUGGUGGGUAUAUCGGAGAUCAGAGCCAAAAUCAAAACCAAGGACAGUAUCCAGAUCCGAACCAAGGGCAAUAUCAGAAUCAAAACCAACAAAACCAAAAUAUUAAUGCAGGAGGUUAUGUCGAUCAAAAUCAAUUCCAAGGUCAAGAUCAAAACAUCAAUGCCGGUGGAUACGUAGGUAAUCAGAAUCAGAAUCCCGGGCAGUUCCAGGACCAAAACCAAAACAAUUACCAAGGGCAAUAUCAAGGAAGCACUCUAGCUCCGUCCGCUGGGGAAGUUGAUUACCAACCAUUUACUCCUUCAGGAAACACCGAUUAUAACAAUAAUGCUCAAGGAUUCGACCAACAACAAGGUCAACAGGGUCAAUAUCAGCAGAACCAAAACGACCAGCAGGUGAUCUACCCAUCUGGAGGAGUAGUUGCAGGAGGAGCUGUGACUGGAGGAUCUUACAACUCACCAAACUCUGGAUACGUCCAGGCUCAACCACAAACCUACCCGACCCAAGUAGUCACGGGAGGAGCUGUUCCGAACCAGAACGUUCAGCAACAGCCAGAUGUCAACACUCAGUACCAAGAUCAGAAUGUUCAGCAAAACCAACAAAAUCAGCAGAAUAUGGGACAACAAGGAAACUUCCAAGGGAAUCAGCAAGGAGGAUUCGUUGGAUCAACGACACCACAACAAGGACAACACUUUACUACUUCUCCACAAGGACAAUACCAACAACCAUCAACACAAUACACCAAUCAACAAGGCAUGUAUUCCAGCACUCCAGGUUAUCAGCAAGGUGAAUUGUUGACAGAAGGUUCAGGUACUGAAGAAAAUGUGUUCUUAGGAGGACAACAGCAGUUCACAACUUCACCAAACGGACAGCAAGGUUUCAACGACGACCAGCAAGGUUAUACCGACAACACCCUUACCCCUUCCGUUGAAAAUCAACACAAUGAUCAGUUCACCCAGAGCCCAAAUACCCAAGAAACAUUUCCCCAAACAAGUCCUAUCCCUGUAAUCUACCCAGUCCCAGUAGCUGGACAAAACACCCCGGCGCCUAGUACCCAAACGAAUCAAUUUACCCAGCAAUCUUUCGAAACAUCCCCAAUGACUACUCAAUCCCCUUACCCAGUUAUCUAUCCUGUCCCUUCUGCCGGACAAGAGACCCCGAGCCCCAAUCAACCAACUUCGACCGUAUCUUCUAAUCAAGAUGAGUUUGGUACCUCGUCUCAAUUCCAAAAUGAUGCCGCUAAUUUCGGAACAACGCAGUCCCCUAAUUACGUGCCAGUCCCAGUCCCUAUCCCGCAAAACCAAAACAAUGGAAAUGUACCUUUGGAGACAACUUCUACCAUCCCUGUUCAAAAUGAUAGUGGAACUAUGCCAGUUGCAGGGUCGUAUUUUGGGCCAAGCAGCACUAAUUCAUUCCAAUCGACGACACCAACGACGACUAACAAUUUCAACAAUGGACAGCCAUCAACCGGGUUCCAAUCAACCACUGGAAUGCCGACCACGAACGAUCAAUCCGGUUUUAUCGCCUCGUCCACAAUGGAUCCGAACAUGCCACAAGCGCAAUAUCCAAGUCAACAAGAAAUAAUGACGGCGACCGGCCAACAAUCCGAUCAAUCGAACAGUGCUAAUAUGGUGUCCACCCCCGCGCCACAGUUUCCAAGUCAACAGGAACUCGGUGCCACAUCGCAAAACACGCAGCCUACACCAGUCCCACAGUUCCCAGCUCAACAAGACUUGGGAUCCACUGCCGGCCAGAAUGGUAACUUUAAUGGCCAGCAAAACGGCGGUGGUUUCACACAACAGGCUGCUGGUGUGACACCUCAAUUCCCAAGUCAACAGGAGCUGAUUCAAAGAGAUCAGCAGAAUAUUGGAGUUACAGGACAACCUGUCAAUGAUGCUGGUUUCACACCUCAAUACGGAGACAUGAAUACACAAUACGGACGGUACGCAUCUAGCACAGCCGUUAAAGCGUCAUCGAACCCACAAUUUGAUCAACCCAGUGCUGAUCAGCAGCAGCCACAAAACUCAGCACGAAGCAACUUGCAAGUUCUUAUCGCAACAUCAUUGCUGAUGAUCUUCGUGUGGUGAUUAUUUUAUUAGUUCGAUGAUCUAAAUUUUUUUGCUCAAAUCUUUUCAUUUUCUUCUCUGUAUAUUUGAGGCCUAGCCAAACCACUUUCCCCGAGUUUUUCGUUCACAUGAACUAACUUGCCUUCACACAUUUACACCGUCAAUAUUUUUAAAUUCAAUCUACUUAUGAAAUGAAUAAAAUAAAUAUUUCAACA